CAGCACAGCAACGCAGACCCAGGAAUCAGAGGAGGUCAAGUCCCCCAAUGUCCCCAGCUCCAUAUGUCCAUAUGUCCACAGCCUUUUCGCCUGCAUUCUGAGAGAAAACUGCAAUCUUUGACAUUUCCGCCAAUCGGUGAGAUUGCCAAGUGUUCGAAAAGUGUGGAAAAAGUGCGGUUAAGCUACUGUAAUUACUCGAAAUAUUGCACGCCCACGCCGCGAAAAGUUCGGGGAGCAACCACCAGCAGCUGCCACCGACUGUGUGUGUGUGUGUUGCUGGCGAGUAUACCAGUGUGAGUGGGUGUCGAAAAUCAAUAAACCCCGUCGACGACGUCGUCGUUUGGCCAAAAGCAUCAGCCAAGUGUAGCAGUCCCAUUAACCGGCCAUAUGGCAGAGGCACUGCAUUAUUGUUAGCCAAUUACCAAGUGCAGAAAACGAACACACACACACAAAAAGACAAUCGACAAAUCGAAUUUCGCAAGUGCAAAAGGCAAGUGCAAGAUGGCGGCUCGCCUCGAAAUCACCGUAAGCUUCGCCCUGGCUGCAACGCUGCUCUGCUGCAUAUUGGGUCACUGCGAAAUGUCCGUUUACCCAGGACUACGCCGCAGGCCCAUUCAGGCACCGGUGAUGGAUCCACAGAGCGAGCAGGAGUACGCCUUCCUGGCCCAGAUGAUGGAGCAGUAUGCCCGCCGGCGGUUGCAGCAGCAGUUCGACCAGCAGCUCCACGAGAUCAAUCUCAAGAUGGACCGCCAGCGGGAGCUGCUCGAGAGGGAACGCUACCGCCAAAGGCAGCAGGAGCUGGCAGUGCGGCGCGAGCAGGAGGAGGACUACGAGGCCAAUGAAGGCAACAAUCUGGAGCAGCAGUACGAUCAGUACGACAACGCGGAGGCGGAGGCCAGCUACGGCAGUCCGCUGGAGGCGGUGCCGGAUGUCCAGCAGCCGCCCUCACUGUAUCUGCCACGUCUGCCCAACCUGCCGCCGCUGCCCAGUCUGCCGAAGUCAUCCCCUGGCCGGAACAGCGUACUUCGGGAUCGGAUUCCCUUUGCCGUGGGUCCCAACGAUGCCCGGUUCUUUGACAACCCAAAUGACCCUUCGGGCGAGCUCGAUUCCCGCGCCCUGGAGGACUACGAAGAGUAUGCUCCGAUAGAGCCCACUCUCGAGGUGGCCACCGCACCCAGCAAGACGAAGAUUGAGACACCAGUAGCGGCCCCCGUGCCCGUGGAGCCGCCAAAGCUGCUGGAUGUGGCCAGCGCCAACUUCCAUCGUAUCAAUCCCCAGUCCGUAGCUGCUGCUGCUGUGGCUGGAGUGAAUCUUCCCCAGGGCAAGGACCAAUCGCCGCAGGAGCUCAAUGCCCUGAUCAAUAAGCUGCAGAAGCAGAGCAAGUCCCCGCACCUAACCCUGGUCAACGAUGGCGUGGCCAAUCAGGAGCAAAUCGUGCUGCGCCAGCACCUGGGUAUGAACAGUGAGAUGGGAGUGUAUAUCGUGGCUCUGAUAGCGGGCGUGAGUGCGGCGGUGACCGUAGGGUUGCUGGCCCUGGGCGUGACUUGGUUCCACAAUCGUCACAAAGCGGCGGCGGACGUGGAGUAUCCUGCCUAUGGAGUAACAGGUCCCAACAAGGAUGUCUCGCCAUCCGGUGACCGGAAGCUGGCACAGAGCGCCCAGAUGUACCACUAUCAGCACCAGAAGCAGCAGAUCAUCGCCAUGGAGAACUGCCAGGCCACUGAUGGCAGCUGCAGCCUCUCGGAUGUGGAGAGCGAUGAUGACAACGAGGAGGGUGACUACACCGUGUACGAGUGCCCUGGCCUGGCGCCCACUGGCGAAAUGGAGGUAAAGAAUCCGCUCUUCCUGGACGAGACGCCGGCCACACCGGCCAACAAUCUGUCGACCGCUGGAGCAGCAGGAGCAGGAGCAGGCGCUACCAAUAAUAACAUCACGCAAGCGACUCCACAGCAGCCGGCCACACAGAAGAAGGGAACUGUCAAGCCGAAUAUGAAUCUGUUGAAUGCCGCCGCCACAGCUGCAGCAGCGGCCGCCGCCUCUGCAUCGGCAGGUGGAACUGGCGCCGCUGGAGGUGAGGAGCCAAAGCAGAAGCGCAAGAGCAAGAAGUAAGGGGGAGGAGGAGCUAGGCGGAGCUUGUUUAACCCAGGAGCUGCGGCGAUGGGUAAAGUUUGACUGAUCCAUUGUCAGCCAAGAACACACAGCACACUGAGAGCGAUUCGGUACUUCUUGAGUCCGAGUACGUGUAGAUGCAUUCCUAACAGACAGUCUAGGGAAUCUAAUUCCAGGAGCAGCCACAACCCACACACACACUCACACAAACACACACCCACGCAGUCCAGAGUCUACGCAACAGUCUCUGUAAUGUGUAUUCUCUUCCCGUUAUCGCAUAAGUCCUGUAUGUAAUCACAUUGCUAUGCAGUAAGACUAGGCCACCCAGCACGCCCCCAAGGACCCCACAGGAACUUUCGAUCCGCUGUCAGUUGCACAAUUUGCUGCUGAUGUGACAGGAUGUGCAGCAGACAGGUGGAAUUACGUCGAAUUAUUUGUAUAUCAAACUUUUUUGGUGCGCCGGAGGAGGAGCGCGUUGAGAAGCUACUAACAUAUUAUAUUAUUAUAAAUAUAUGUAUACACACACAUAUAUAUAG